GUGCAGCCUGACGGAGCAGAUGAUUUCACUUUCUGUUUCGGAGAAACGUGAUUGAACUUUGCGUUGACAUUUCAAGACAGUUCUUCCCACUCUGAACAACAGCUGUCGAUGGAAAACACAGAACCAACCCGAACCUGUGAAACAUGCCACAAGGAGGUGGCAGAGGCCAACUUCCCUCUGCAUGAGACCCACUGCAAACGAUUUUUGAGUGUCUGUCCUGACUGUGAUGAAGCUGUCCCCAAAGACCAGCUGAGCCAGCACAGAGAGGAGCAGCACACCAAGGUGAAAUGCUCCAAAUGCAACAAGAAGAUUGAACGGUGUCACCUUGAGGAUCAUGAGGCGGAGGAGUGUCCGGAGCGUCUGCAGAUGUGUACGUUCUGUGAGCUGGAGGUGCCGUGGAAGCAGCUGGAGGAGCACAGUGUGGUCUGUGGGAGUCGCACGGAGCUCUGCAAGGACUGCGGUCGCUACGUCAAACUGAGUGACCAGUCAGAGCACAGUUCAACCUGCUCAGCUGCCGAUGAAGAGGACUCGACUCAAACUCUCAGCAGUGCAUUAAAUACAAUGGAGAACACAGUGAGCUGUAGAUACUGUGGGAGAUCAUUUCUGGAAAAAGAGAGAGACCGUCAUGAGCAGCUGAGGUGUUAUCAAGAGCUCUAUGAAGAGGUUGACACCAAAGAACAAAAGUGGGAGGAUGCAGAUGACUUAUUCAAACAGCAGAGUCAAGACCAGCUGAGAAGUGCUUAUAAAGCCACUUCCCAAUCACACGCAGGGAGACAGGGUCCAUGGGUCAUUGGAGACCAGGACCAGAUCAGCACCUGCCCACACUGUCACCUGGCCCUGCCGCUCCCAACACUGAAAUGGCAUGAGGCAAAAUGCAGAGUCAAUGUUGUCUUGAAAGCCAGAGAGGGCUAAGGACAGAGAAGUCCUAUGAAUGGAUCUCCUGAGAAUAAUGACAAACACAAAGGCCAUCCAUUGUCUCAACUGCCAUCUUAGAAUGUGUGUUUACAUUUGUUUUGUCAUUUUUAUUUUCAGCUGAAUCAUCUCUUAUGGGAUGUUGUUUAUUUUCAAGUCAUAUGAGUGACGAUGCUGUUGUGUCCAUGUUUUGAAUAGUAUGUCUGUACUGGGAUUUGUCAUUGCCACAACGUUCGAGUAAUACUUGUGUCAGUUUUGUGGCACGCUU